GUCGGCCUGUCAUGUCGCUGUUCUUCUUUUAUUGUUUUUCCUCAGUAUUUAACGUUAAAUCACAUCACUUCAGAAUUCAGAGCACCCCCCUCCCCUCAUUCUCUCUCUCCCAUAUUUUACUCUUAAUUUCAGUCCUCCCCUUCUGACUUCCAUCUCUCUCUCUCUCUCUCUCACUCUCUCUUUCUCACUUUUAUAUUCCUCCUUUUCCUUCGGUGAUUUCCUCCUGUUUGUCUUGGCAUUUGGGUAUUCUUCUGUCUCUCAUUUCUGUUACUAUUUAGUUAAAAGCUCAAGACCCAUGUGCCUCAGCUUUGUUUGGUUUUGAGAACUGAAGAGGAGGGGAUGAAAAGAAGUAAAUAGAGACGGGAAGAAUCUUUCUUUUACCCCCACUAGAUUAGGUGUGUUUAUCCUUUUUCUUUCUUUUGUAGAAAAAAAAAAAAAAAAAAAAGAGAAAGAGAAAUAUCGUUCACUCCGAACUUCACUGAAGAAAUGACUAAAGAAGAAGACUUUAAGCUCCUCAAGAUCCAGACUUGUGUUCUCAGAGUGAACAUACACUGUGAUGGGUGCCAGCAGAAAGUGAAGAAACUCCUCCAGAGGAUUGAAGGCGUGUACCAAGUAAACAUAGAUACAGAGCAGCAAAAGGUUACAGUUUCAGGAAGUGUAGAUGCUGCUACUUUGAUCAAGAAACUUGUCAGAGCUGGAAAACAUGCUGAGCUUUGGUCUCAGAAGACCAACCAAAACCAAAAGCAGAAAACCAACUGCAUCAAAGAUGAUAAGAACAACAAAGGCCAAAAACAGGGGUUAAUGAAGGGUCUUGAAGUGUUCAAAAAUCAGCAGAAAUUUCCUGCUUUCAGCUCUGAAGAAGAUGAUGACUUUUUUGAUGACGAGGAGGAGGAUGAUGAAGAGGAGGAGCUGCGGUUUGUCAGGGAGAAAGUUAAUCAACUGGGUCUGCUCCGGCAGCAGGCAAUCGAUGCAAACAAUGCAAAGAAAGGCGUUGGAGCCAUUGCUGCAGCUUCUUCCAACAAUGGAAAAAUGAACAAUAUUGGAAAUGUGAAUGCUGGGAACGGAAAGAAAGGAAACCCAAAUCAGAAUAUGGUAAUGAAGGCUAGUCCAGGUGGGAUUGAUCCAAAAACCAUGGCUGCUCUAAAAAUGAACGGUGCUCAUUUGGGUGGUGGGAACAUGAAUGCAGGGGAAGGGAAAAGGGCAAAUGAUAUCAAUGCCAUGAUGGGUCUGGCUGGUUUUCAUGGAAAUGGGGUUAAUAAUGUUGCUUCCGCUGCUGCUUUAGGAGGCAAUUCCCAUAGCUUGGGAGGAGGGUUCCAAGUCCAAUCAAACAAUGCUCAUCAUCAUCAGGGAUCUCCUGCUGGUUUCCCAACUGGUGGAUAUGCCACAGGCCAAUACCCAUCAUCCAUGCUGAUGAACAUGAAUGGGUACAACCAUCCAUCACCCAUGAUGAUGAACAUGAACAUGCAUGCCAGGCAUGCCAUGCAGCAACAACAACAACCCCAGAUGAUGUAUCACAGGUCCCCCUUUGUUCCCCCUACCACUGGCUAUUACUACAAUUAUAGCCCUAGCCUUAGCCCUAGCCCUAACCCCAACCUCAACCCCAACCCCUCCUACCCUUACACUGAACCUAAUUACAGUGGCAAUAACUCUGCAGCACACAUGUUCAGUGAUGAGAACACAAGCAGCUGUUCCAUAAUGUAAUAUAAAAAAUUGUGUAGAGAGAAAAAGUAUGUGUUGACUUCAAAGUCAUUUGUUAGUGGAGUUGGUGGCUUUUUGACUGUAUUCUGCUUUGUGCUGUCUGUGAAGGGGAUGGGUUAGGAUGCUAUGUGUGUGGCCAUGUGGGUGAAUCCUAUCACUGUAUUAUGUAGUUGUUGUUGUUCAGACAAUGUUCCUCUCUUUUUUUUCUUUUUCUUUUUUUCAGUUC